AUGGGGAACCUGCUGGGCCUGCAACUACCUGCCACCCCUCGGUUCAAACAGGAGGAACCAGCUGCAGCUCUUGAAGACGAUGACACCUUGAGUGCACAGCUCAACCAGGUGCGAAGGCAGAUCAGAGAAGUGCCGCUGGAAGAGGUGCUUCAGGAGAACCUGGUUGGAGAAUUUGCCAAGGACCAGUACGGCACUCGAUACAUCCAACAGAAGCUGGAUGAGGCACCUGAGGAGACGAAGCACCGAGUCUAUGCUGCAGGGAUCUUAGGAGCAGUGGAGCUGUGUCAACGCGGAUGCCAGAACAGACGGGACUAUGUUUGGCAGUGCAAAAGAUCUUUGAUUCUGCUGACGCACAGCACCUUGGUUGCGGAAGUAGACGCCAGCGGCCAGGCCAUGGUGUCGGCUCUGCAAGGCAAUGUGGCCAAACUGUCUCAGGACCAGUGUGGUUGCCGAGUCAUCCAAAAGGCGAUUAAUGCUGUCUCCAAAGAGUCGCAGCAGCAAAUCUCCCGGGAGUUGGAAGAUCACGUGGACGACUGCAUACGGAACAUGCACGGAAACCAUGUUAUUCAGAAAUGCAUCGAGCAGAUGCCGCCAGAUUCGGUCAAUUUCAUCAUCAGAGCAGUGGAGCAGAAAGCGGAAGAAACCGCUAGGCAUGUGUACGGUUGCCGGGUGAUCCAGAGACUCUUGGAGCACUGUGUGUCUGACCAACUGAAGCCGAUGCUUGAGCAGAUCCUCUGCAAUGUGGCUGUCUUGGCCAAGGAUGCCUAUGGCAACUACGUUGUUCAGCACAUGUUGGAGCAUGGCCGCAAGGAAGACAAGCAGCGCAUCAUUCAGACCAUCCGGGCAAACAUCGCCGACUUCUCAAGAGAAAAGUAUUCAAGCAAUGUGGUGGAGAAGUGCUUUGAGAUCGCCACCACCGGUGAGCAUGCUGACACCGAAAUCAUUCAACAGGAAAGGGCCAAUCUACUGAGCACCGUUUUAGAGGUGCCCGAGGUGCUCUACACCCUGUGCACCAACACCUACGGAAACUACGUGGUGGUCGUGGCGAAGUUUGCUGUCCUUUAA